AUGAGCAACCUGAAGCCGGACGACUAGCACAGCACCGGCACCGGCACGGGCUCCGGCACAACCCAGGAGGAGGAGGUUCGGACAUUGUUUGUCAGUGGCCUCCCCGUGGACAUUAAACCCAGAGAACUCUACCUGCUCUUCCGGCCGUUCAAGGGAUAUGAAGGGUCCCUGAUCAAGCUCACCUCGAGACAGCCUGUUGGUUUUGUCAUCUUUGACAGCCGGGCAGGAGCAGAAGCCGCCAAGAAUGCAUUGAACGGUAUUCGCUUUGAUCCUGAGAACCCGCAAACCCUGAGGCUAGAGUUUGCCAAAGCCAACACCAAGAUGGCCAAGAGCAAGUUAAUGGCAACACCAAAUCCCACCAGUGUUCACCCUGCCCUAGGAGCACAUUUCAUCGCCCGGGAUCCCUAUGACCUGAUGGGGGCUGCUCUGAUCCCUGCGUCCCCAGAGGCCUGGGCCCCUUAUCCUCUGUACACCACAGAGCUGACCCCAGCCAUCUCACAUGCUGUGUUCACCUACCCAGCUGCCACUGCUGCUGCUGCUGCUGCUGCCCUCCAUGCUCAGGUGCGCUGGUAUCCCUCCUCUGACGGCACCCAGCAAGGAUGGAAGUAUCGCCAGUUCUGUUGAUUCUUCAGUCUGGUCGCCAGGAAGUUGGUUCUGGGACUAUGUGGUGGGGCCAGAAUAGGGCCCUGAGCUUCCACCGCCCCCUGCGUGCGGCCUGUGCAGAGCUGCUGCUUCUCCGGAGACUGUGAAUCUUAAGCCUGACUCAGUGAACUGCUUCCUGUUCCUUUCCCUCUUCCUCAGGCUUGUUCUACCCCAAACCCUUCUCCAAGGCCUCCCUGGAGGAUUUGAGGGCCUUCUUGCUGGGACACCCAGACCCAGCUAGGAGGCCUCACUGUGACCCAGCAAGACCUGACCUGACCUCCCACUCAAACAUGCUUCUUAAGCUCCCCCUCAAGAAAAUGAGGCAUUUAAUUUUGCAUGUUUUCUGGCAUGAAUUAAGACACUUAAACUUGUGUAUAUGUGAGUGUACAGUUUGUUCUCACACUGUCUCCAUAGCAACAGGUCCUAGCUUAUGGUGCCUGGUCCCUCUCUCCACACCCUGCCCCUACACCCACUGUGCUUCAGAGAGGCCUGAGCCCUGUGGCCACUUCUCCCCCGAGGACCCAUGCACCACACACACUUCCAGGCUCAGCAACCACCACAUGACAUUUGCCUUGUCAUUUCGAAUCAGUCCUCUGCUUCCUUCUCAGAUGGGCCAAUAAUUAUAAGAAAGUCCUCUCCUCUGCCCAUCUUGCUGACCUCUCCACAGGGCGCCCUGCCCCCACCACUGCUCCUUGUUCUUUCCAAACCUUAAAGUCAACCAAAACGUGAAAAGUAUUUUUGUACCCUGUGUAACAAAAUAUUUAUGCAUCAUAAAGGAUUUUCAUGUGUGUACCAUUAAUUAUUAAAGAGACCUUGUUCGCCUUGU